GGGAAGCGGAUCCUCCGAGGCGCAGUGUUUAUUUUGGGAGAGACCCACGUGGAGAAUGGAGUCCAAAGGGAGCGCGCGUCCUGUUCGGAGAGUGCGGCGUGUCCGCUGCGAGAGCACAGAACAUUCACCUUGAACGAAAACGGUGAACGUUUCGUCCCCUAAACCGAGGACGACUGGGAGCAGUAGAGGAGUUGAGGAGACACGGAAGGAAGGGAACUCCGCGAUCGUGACGUCAUGAAAACCUGAGGAGGCCAGGGACAUGACCUGUUUAUCGAUCAUUCCAGGGUAGGACAUUGGGUUUUAGUGGAUGACGCGGAUGAGUUUACGCCACCUUAUCUGAGGGUUCAAAGGUCAGGCGCCGGGCACCGGGCCGCUCUGUGAUUGGUGAUUGUGAGAACAGCUCACGGCACCGUGGCCCAGGAGCCAAGCAGGUCGACUGACUCACGCACCACCGGCGCUCCUCCCUCAUGCCGUGCCGUGCGAGAAAGUUCAAACUCCGAGCUGACGUCCUCCCGGCCGCACGCUGCCUCGCGCCCGACCAUGUCCAAGAGCAGAGCCACGCUCACCCAACACCCUCUGGAGAAGACCUGGGUGCCAUGGAUGACCAGCAGGUUAAGCAAGCGCCGAGGCUCGUCGGUGCCGCAGUUCACCAACUCCCCGACGAUGAUCGUGAUGGUCGGGCUGCCGGCGCGAGGGAAAACCUACAUCUCCAAAAAGCUCACCAGAUAUCUGAACUGGAUCGGCGUCCCCACCAAAGUGUUCAACGUGGGCCAGUACCGCCGGGACGCCACACGCUCCUACAACAGCUUCGAGUUCUUCAGCCCCGACAACACCGAAGCCUUGAAGAUCCGCAAGGCGUGCGCCAUCGCUGCUCUCCAAGAUGUGUGCGACUACUUCACCAGGGAGCAGGGCCAGGUGGUGGUUUUCGACGCCACCAACACCACGCCGGAGCGAAGAGAACUCAUCCUCAGCUUCGCAAAGGAAAACGGCUACAAGGUUUUCUUCGUGGAGUCGGUGUGUGACGAUCCCGAGAUCAUUGCCGAGAACAUCAAACAAGUGAAGCUCAGCAGUCCAGAUUAUGUAAACUGUGACAAAGAGGAAGCCGUGGCUGACUUUCUCAAGCGGAUCGAGUGUUACAAGCAGAACUACGUGCCGCUGGACGACAACAAGGACAGGAACCUGUCCUACAUUAAGAUCUUCAACGUCGGCAGCAGGUACCUGGUGAACCGGGUCCAGGACCACAUCCAGAGCAGGAUCGUCUACUACCUCAUGAACAUCCACGUGACACCGCGGUCCAUCUACCUGUGCCGCCACGGCGAGAGCGAGCUCAACCUGGUGGGACGCAUCGGCGGCGACUCGGGGCUGUCGCCGAGAGGAGCCAAGUUCGCCAGCGCCUUGGGCGCGUACAUGCGGGGUCAGUGCAUCAGCGACCUGAAGGUGUGGACCAGUCACAUGAAGAGGACCAUCCAGACGGCAGAGGCUUUAGGCGUCCCGUACGAGCAGUGGAAGGCUCUCAAUGAAAUAGAUGCCGGUGUGUGUGAAGACAUGACCUAUGAAGAGAUCCAGGAGAACUACCCCGAGGAGUUUGCUCUGCGGGACCAAGACAAGUAUCGCUACCGCUACCCCAAAGGAGAGUCGUACGAGGACCUGGUGCAGCGGCUGGAGCCGGUCAUCAUGGAGCUGGAGAGGCAGGAGAACGUGCUGGUCAUCUGUCACCAGGCGGUCAUGCGCUGCCUGCUGGCCUACUUCCUGGACAAGAGUGCUGUGGAGCUGCCCUACCUGAAGUGUCCUCUCCACACCGUCCUCAAGCUCACGCCAGUGGCCUACGGCUGUAAGGUGGAGUCUGUCUUCCUCAACAUCGAGGCUGUGAACACACACCGGGACCGACCAGAGGCUCUGACCACACCUCUGCUCCAUUCAAGCCCCGCCUUCACUGUAUUCAGACGCCAUCUUUGUAUUUUUUGCCGACACCAUCACACCACACUGAGAACGGAGACUUCACGCAACUUGUUUAACACAUCAUCAUUUCAAGUUUAUGUUCCCAUAGGUGGAAGAGUGGGAUUUGAACUCUCUCUUAUUCAGGGACCGGAGGUUUCACGCAACAUGAGCAUCUGCUCUAACCACUCGACCACAGCCGUUCACAUGAACGUGGACGUGGACCGAGACCCCGAGGAGGCCUUGGAGACGGUACCGGAGCACAUCUAGAGGAGGAGAGAGCAGAAGACGAGUCAGUGGGAAAUCAUCACUGAAGCUUUGGAAGACAUGAAGGACACACAAACUCCAUCCUUGGAGACUGGACGCUGAACACAGACCCCAACAAGGCCAAAGAGACCACAGCCAUCAUUUGUCUACAUCACGAGUUCGGUGGAAAGAGAUCAGAUGACGAUGACAGCGGACAUGGAGGUGCAGAACCUUAUGAAGUCUUUGUUCCAGACCUCACGUCCCUUCCUCACACUUUAAAAAUGCUACGGAUCUUUCCAGUGAGAAACAAUGAAGUUGACGCUGAAGCCUGACACCCUUCCACAGGCCAGAACCAUCACGUGCCUCACGUCAGGAGACGUGCCAGCGCAAGGUCGGCCUGACCCACUGACCUCCUAUUGAUCACAUGGUAGCUUGAGUCCCCCCCCCCCAUGCUCAUGUCAGUUUCUAGAAAACCAGCAGAGCCAUUUCUCCUCUCACGUCCGUCUCUCUCUGGAGUCGUCACGUCCUUAGAUGUCUUUGACUGAACUGUAGCAAGCUCGUAAUGCCAAAUUGUUUGUUGUCCUGACCUUUGACAUGAUUCAGAGCAAUAAAGGAACCUGUGGAGGCGGCA